AUGAAUAACAUAAUUUAAAAUCUGGUAAAUGGAUAACUAGAGGGAAUAGUGAGACUUUAGAAAAUGUUGAAGAGAAUACUCUAAUAUUAAAUAUUAUUAUUUUUAAGUGGUGAUGGAUUAUAUGCUGAAGGAGGCUAGCUUAAUGAAGAAGGACUGAAUAAAGUGAUGGGUUUUAUGUUGAUUCUUAAGUAAUUUAUGAUGGUGAAUAUAAAAAUUGUGUUAAAAUUGGUCGAUGGAAUAUUUCUUAUAAGGAUAGGAAGUCAAAACAAACUUAAUAAAUGUAAAUAAUUUCUAAUAAUCUUUUAUUAGUGGAGGUGGGUGGUAUGAUGGAGAGGAUCAAAAUAAAUUGGAAAACGGAUUGAAUUAAGCGAUGGCUUAUAUGAUUUAUCUCAAAUUAUUUAUAAUGGCGAAUACAAGAAUGGUAAAAAUGUUAGCAGAUGGGACAUUUUAUUUAGAGGGUACUUUGAUGAGGAAUUUAAAUAGAUGUAUUUUGUUGUAAAAGAAAACGUUAUAGUGGUGGUGGGUUAUAUGAUGAAGGUGGUUCCUUCAAGAUUGGUAUAUGGAUUGAAUCAAGUGGUGGAUUUUAAACUUGGUCUUAAGUCACUUUUGAUGGCGAAUAUAAAAAUGGUGUAAAAGUUGGUAAAUGGGGUACAUUCUAUAAGGAUGUGAGUUCAAAAACAAAUGAACUGAUGUAAGGGUAUUAUCAAACAAUAUAGUGGUGAAGGAUCAUAUGAUGAAGGGCGUUCACUUAAGGUUGGUAAAUGGAUUGAAUUCAGUGAUGGGUUUGCAUGGAAUUAAUAAUUCACUCAUUAAGGUGUUUAUAGAGACAAUAAAAAAUAGGAAGAUGGGAUACUUAUUUAGAAUUCUGAGGAAACCAAUAAAUGUAAAAUUAUAUAUUUAAAAUACAAUUUGUUUAGCGGCGGUGGAUUCUAUGAUGACGAAGGUUAUGGAAUUUAAACUGGAAAAUCGAUAGAGCUUAGUUUAGGGUUUAGGGAUGAUUCAUAAAUUACUUUUAAGGGUGAAUAUAAAAAUGGUACAAAAGUUGGAAGAUAGGAUAUUUUUUUUUUGAAAAAUUAAAUGUAAAGCUAUAUUCUUAAAUAUUUUUUUUGCAGGGAUUGUGAAGAAUAUGAUGAAAAGGCAAUGGAUUUAUGAUUGGAAAAUGGAUAGAAUAAGUAGUGGAUUUGUUAGUUGGUCGAAAAUCACUGAAAAAAGUGAAUACAAAAAUGGGAAAAAAAAGCAGACGGCGAUACUUUUACUAGAGAUAGAAAUACCAAAAAGGAUUAAUUGAUGUAAAUAUCAAUAAAAAAGUUCAUAAUAGUGGUGG